AUGAGCUGUUCAUUCAAUUUCUCAGACAAGAAAGUUCUUGUGACUGGUGCAAGUCAAGGACUCGGAUAUGAGAUUUGUAAAUCGUUGUCAAAUUUGAAUGCUAAAGUUUUUGCAUUGGCGAGAAAUCGAGAAAAAUUAGAAGCUUUAGCUAAAGAACACACCAACAUUGUGCCAAUUGUCGGCGAUGUGACAGAAACAAAAGAAGAACUCGAGAAAAUAUUGGCUGAACAUCAACCGUUCGAUUUCUUGAUUAACAAUGCGGCUAUUGCACAUAUGGAAUCAGCUUUGGAAGCAACAGUGAAAAAUCUUGACGAAAUGUAUCAAGUGAAUGUCCGUGGCCCAAUCAUUAUCGCUGAAAUUGUUGCCAAAGAGAUGAUCGCUCAUGAAAUCAAAGGAUCAAUCGUUAACGUCUCUUCACAAUCCGGACUUCGACCACUUCACGAUCGAAUUGGAUACAGCAGCUCAAAAGCGGCUCUCGAUAUGGUGACAAGAGUUCAAGCAAGAGAAUGGGGAAUUCAUGGGAUUCGGGUGAACAGUGUCAAUCCAACAGUCAUCAUUCUCGAACAAGGACUUGGGGUCUGGAGCGACUCAGACAAAGCAAAAUGGAUGAGGGAUCAGUUGCCAUUGAAGAAGUUUGCCGCCGGAAAAGAUGUGAUCAACGCAAUUCUCUUUUUGCUUUCCGAUGCUUCAGCAUUGACUACAGGAUUGGCUUUUCCGGUUGAUGGAGGAUAUUCAAGUCAA